UGACGCCAGAAGAAUAUUCGCAGAGUUGCUGGGGACAGUCCGACGCUAUAUAUAUAUAAAGCUCUACUAAUUUUGCCACUGUAUUAUUAUUGAAAUAAAAACGUAGGCGCCAAAAGAACCAAAACUCCCGCCGUUUCUCAAUUAUUUCCUUGCCGCUUCUGUAUUAGGAUGGUCUUCGUAUGAGAAAGCUGAGCAGAAAGGAGGGAAGAUGCCAGGCCGCCAGCCUCACCCAGCCACCCCCGUCUCCGCCGUCUUCGUCGCCCCCAAGCGCGGCAAGAAGCGAGGGAGCUAUAACUGCGGCCGAUGCGGUGCUCCCAAGAAAGGACACGUUUGUCAUUUCACCUCUGCCCCCACCUUGAACACCAGCACUCCAGCUAUCAGCGACUGCACCUCAUCGGAUUCGCAUUCGCCUCUCGCCGCCGGCCACCCUCUCCCUUGCCAGCCUCCCUCCCGCCUCCCUCGAGCUCUCUCGUUCGACGAAUUUGACCUGGGAGACUUCCCUGGACCCGAAGACGAAGAUGUCCCGGAGUAUCCGGAUCUGGAUGGGUCGGGGAGCUUGCCGUUUGAGUGCCUGUGGGAAGUUCUCAGAAGGCUUCCGCCUCCAUCGCUGCUAUUGACGGCCAGUGUGUGUAAGGGAUGGAGGGAUACCGCUAGGCUGCUGUGGAGAGCGGCGGAGGAGCUCAGGCUUCGGGUUCCGGCCAAGGCUGAGGUUGGACACGUCAGGUCGUUGCUGCAGAAGUGUCCGGAUCUUGUCAGACUUUCUCUAACAAUGCAAAGUGAUAUAGAUGCAAUGAUGUUGGCCUGCAUUGCAUUUUCAUGCCCUAAGCUAGAGUCUUUGGAGAUAUUUAUAUCCAAGACCUCAGUAAAUAGGAUAACCGGGGAUGAAUUGAGCCAUUUUCUAAGUGAUAGAAAAUGUCUUUCUAAUCUCAAGAUGGAAGGAUGCUCCAACCUUGGAGGUUUUGUUCUUUGUUCUAGCAAGCUGUCUUCACUUUGGCUUUCUGAACUUCGCUGUCUCUCUAAGAUGGUAUUCAAGUGUCCCAGUUUGAAGGAGAUUUCAUUGGACUUUUCCAAAGAGAAUGACAACACCGAUAUCACAACCAUGGUUGACUGUCUUGGAAGAGGCUGUCCAAGACUGCAAAACAUUCAUAUUUCUUCUGUUCGACUCUCACAUUCUUCUGUGCUUGCUUUGGCUGCAGCAAACUUGAGAUCGUUGCGAAUGCUCUCCCUUGUACUCGGGUCUGAAAUAACUGAUGCAUCUGUUGCAGCUAUUGCUUUUAGCUACCCAAGGCUUGAAUUGCUUGAUCUGAGUGGGUCUAGUAUAACUGAUGCUGGCAUUGGAAUGAUAUGCAAUGUUUUUGCUGAGACAUUGUCUAAUUUUCUCAUUGCCAUUUGUCCUAAUAUCACUUCAAGUGGCAUUCAAUUUGCUGCUGCUGAAUUGCCUCAACUAGAGAUCAUGGACUGUGGAAUGACAAUAUGUGACCUGAAAUUAGAUGAUGAGGAGAACGGUGGUUAUGACAUGCAAAAGCUGCCAACCAGUGAACCACACAUUGUGUAUCAAAAGCUGAUUAUCAAACACAGCCGGUUGAAGAAAUUAAGCUUAUGGGGUUGUUCUGCCUUAGAUGCAUUAUACUUGAACUGCCCAGAACUUGUUGAUUUGAACAUAAAUUGCUGUAGAAAUUUGCAACCAGAGAGAUUGUUACUUCAGUGCCCUAAUCUGGGCACUGUUCAUGCAUCUGGUUGUCAAGGUAGUUUGGUUGAGUGCAUUCAGACACAGGUACUUAGCAGCAAUUUUGCAGAUGUAGAAACUCAUCAGUUUCCUCGCAAACGCAUGCCUGAUGGUUCCAAAAGGAUUCAGGUGGCUCCUUAUCUAUUCAAUCCCCAGCCAUUUGAUGAGAAAACGAAGAAGAGAAAGCUUUCAGUGCGACGACGCAAUUGUGCCGUGCUCGUGAAUUAUGACUAUUAAAUACAGUAUCUAUCUAUCUCCUGAACCAAUUAGUGGCCAAUGCCUGAUGAACUUCUUUCAUAUACACAUUCUCGAGUGGAGAUAUUUAAUUAUUUAUUGAACAAUAAUUAUAAAUAAAUAAUUCCUUAUUUGUUACUUGGC